UGUUGAUAUUUUGUAUUUUGACAGCUGAUAGUUGAGUUUCAAAGACAGUAGCAUUUUGGAGCCCAGUGUACAACAAUUAAUAAUUCUUUGAUAUUGACCUCAGCUGAACCUUAAGAAUAGAGUUGUCAUGCCUCUUUCACCAAGGAAACAAGCAAGGCCAUCAACAUCAGAUGCUGUGAUGGGACAACCUUUAUGUGAAGACAUAGACAACAUCAGUAUGUCAUUGGUAGCAAAAAACUAUUGCUCCAAAGUUAUGAAAGGCUUACAAGACCUCAGGAAAGGUGGUAUAUUAUGCGAUUAUGCCUUGUAUGCUGAUGGAACAAGACUUAAUGUCCAUAAAGCUGUGAUGGCUGCUUGCAGUGAUUACUUUCAAGUUAUGCUUACAGGUAAUAUGAGAGAAAGCAGAGAAGACAGUGUGGAUUUGAAAGGCAUUUCAGGAUGUGGUUUAGAGAUUAUAGUGGAAUUUGCAUAUACUGGUGUACUGGAAUUAAAUUCUGAUAAUGUUGAAGAAGUUCUAGCAGCAGCAACACAUUUACAAAUAAACGAUGCUGUAACUCUUUGCAGCAAAUAUUUAGAGUCUUCUAUUACUGUUGGUAAUUGUGUAGACAUUUUAAAUCUUGCUGAACUUUACAGUCUCUCAAUACUCCAUUCAAUUGCGAAGAAGUUUAUUUUAGGAAAUUUUGAAACUGUAGCUGACACUGAACAAUAUUACACACUAUCCACAUCCCAGCUUUCAUCAUUAUUGCAAGAAAACAGCCUUAAGAUCAUGUCAGAAUAUUGUCUAUUUCAAAUGUUAUUGAAGUGGAUUGCACACAGUCCAUUAGAAAGAGAAGGUUGUGUAGCUUUAUUGAUGAGAAAUAUUAGACUGCCAUUAUUGUCGGGAGAGGAAUUGGUAGAAAAGGUUAGUCUGGUACCAGUCAUGCAACAGAAUCGAGAAUGUUCCCUAUUACUGACAGAGGCUAAAGAUUAUCAUAUUGUUGUUGGCAAACAAUCUAUGCUUCAAACACAAAGAACACAAGUCCGUUCUGAUAUGAAAUCUAUUGUCAUGUGCCAUGCUCAAAAUCUUGAACAUUAUACAUUAAAAACAAAGAGGCGUGAUUAUUUGAGAGAUACUAUAGUACCCUUGUAUAAUCCUGCAGUUGUUGUUGUUGAUAAUUUCAUGUAUACCUGUGGUGGAAAAUAUGAUAGUAGUCAAAAUGAAAUUGCUACAGCUAGAUGUUUUCGAUAUGAUGCUCGCUUUGAUAGAUGGUAUGAUUUGGCAGCCAUGAAUGAACCUCGCAAAGAUUUUGUAUUGGUAGCAGUUGAUCAUAAACUCUAUGCAAUAGCUGGUCAAGAUGAAAAUAAGGUCAUGUACACAAUGGAAUGCUUUGAUAUUGCUAGAAAUGAAUGGGAAUUUAAAUGUCCACUUGACAGACAUUUAUAUGGGCAUGCUGGUGCAGUUUGCCUGGGAAAAAUAUAUGUAUCAGGAGGACAGACAUUGACAGGAAGCACCAAAAAAUUUCUCUGCUAUGACCCACAGUUAGAUAAUUGGGAAGAAAGAUCACCCAUGUUACAGAUGAGAAUGAACCAUUCAAUGGCAGAAGUGCAAAACAAUUUAUAUGUAAUAGGUGGCAAUGUUGAAGACAAUUAUGGCUUCCCUGUACCUGUGAUUGCUAUUGAGAGGUACUGCCCAGUUGUCAAUCAAUGGACUCUGUGUCAAAGAAGUCUGAACAUUCGGGAAGCCGGUGUGUGUGUGAUUGAUCACAAGAUUUAUGUUGUAGGUGGUAUCAAUGGAGAACAUUAUCUGUCUACAUUAAUACAGCUGUACGAUCCUUUGAAAGAUGAGAUCGACAUUGUUGAAAGUUUCACGUCAAGAAUAUAUGGAAGAUCUUGUGCUGUCCUUGGUUUACCUAGAUGUUUUGUGUAAAACUAAUAUCAAAAGCAGAGUGAGAUGUUUUAAAGAACUUAUUGAAUGAAGCAAAUACAUUCUAGUCACAUUGUUUUAUUAGAUGGAAAACUGUUAAUCUUAGAGUCUUUGUUAAAGUUUCAUGGUCAGCUGUAUUUCAUAUUUUUUAUUUAGUAUAUACAUGUAGAUAAAUUUAUAUUCAGAGCAUUGGCUGAUGAGGCAAUGUGUUAAUUAGAUAAAUGAUCUGUAUCCACUAUAAGCAGGGCUUCAUAAAUGCACUUUUUUUUUUUAAGGAAACACUAGGUCUGGGAAGGGUAAGUGAGUAAUUUCCCUUUACUUUGCAUUAGGUAAAUGAAUGCAGUUAAUGUGUAAGUUAGUCCAUUUUGCAUUUGGAAAAAUGAUUAAAGUAAAAUCUUUUCUAUCUGAAGUGUAUACGUAUUAUAAACAAAUACUUGUAAGCCCUAUAAAGAUAGAGAAGACAUAAAAGCACAAGAAAGUGUGAAAUCUGUUCUUGGAUUCUACGUACUAUCUAAAAAAUAAUUCUUGUAUUUAUAGGUCAGUUUAGAAAUAGUAAAUGUCUGAUUGUUCAGGAAAUAUUUUCCUAUAGAGCCAAUGAGUAUUAACUCCUCCCUAUUUAAAAAAAAAUAUGAAAAAAUGAUACAUUAAUUCAUGUAAAAAUAAUAGUUUAAAUACAUUGUAUAUCUACAUGUACACAAAAAACUUAUGUUUAAAAAGAUAUAUAGUUUAUGUCAAUGCCCAAUAUAAGUUUGAUCCUUCAAAGAGGGUUGAAAGAACCUUUUGGGGGAUUUGAUUGUGUGAUUUUCAAUUAAGUGUUAGAAUUUUGGGAUAAAAAUUUAUCAGUAUUCAGGAAGGAGUUUUUAUUUGUCAGAGAAUUAAGAGUUUUGUAUCGUUUUUCACAAAAUUUCAGGAUGAUAUCCCCCCUUAUUAAAUUUUAAGCUAAAAAUAAGAAAAUCUUCUAACACAUGUAUAUAAAAAAGGUUUAGAUCAAUGUUUUCAUAUGAUUAAAUAUAAAUUUUAUACACAUGUAUAACAAUUGCAAGGGAAGAAGCAAAAAAUGUUUAUCCUUACAACUCUGACUGACAUGUUUUCUCUAUCAGUUUCGUAUUUAUUUUGAUUUUCAAAUCAUUUUUCUAAUUAAGAUAGUUGCUUUGUGAAGUGAGUUAAAAACUAGUUUAACCCACCACAUAUUCCUGUGCAUGCUUGAAUUCAGGAAUCUUGUCAAUAAUUGUCUUACAGUGUAUGUCAUAUCUAAAUGUUCUUUGUUAAUUCGAGAAUUUGCUUAUUUGAGAAAGAGCUGGAAAAGGUGGCCAUACAUUCCCCUUUACAGGAUUUAUAGAAUUUUUCAUUAAUUUAUUAAAAAUAAUACUUUUUGUCUGUAAAAUUCUAUUCCAUUUGUAAAAAAAAAAUUGUUUAAAGAAAUCAUACUGUGGUAGAUAGGGUCUAUGUUGAUUUUACAUUAAAAAUCAUAUAUCUAAAUUAAUAAAUAUUUUUGCACAUAAUCAGUUAACGUUCAAUUCUGAUUAAGGUAGAUGGGGUGUCUAAAUUAUAAUCCAUAGAAUUUUUUAAUAAUUUGCCAAAAUGUAGUUUAUAUCAUGCUUUUAAAAAAAAAAUAAUAAAAAGAAUGUGUCACGGGGCUUAUUUCACGCUACAGGUUGUGCAAAAUUGACAGAUUUUGUAUAGAUUAUGCAUGGAAAACCCAAUUUUCUGCCAUAAAACGAAAACUACACCAUAGAAUUUUGAGAUAAUAUAAGAGAAGAUAGCUCUAAUAGUAUGCUUUCAGAUAAGAAAAAGAAAAAAUGGGGUCACGGGACCCGUUUUCUUGCUACAUAAUAAAAUAGGUAAAUUCCUAACACAUUCUAUUGUAAAAGUAACUUUAUCUGAAUUAUCUGCCCUUACAUUUGAGUUGCCUCCCCUUAUGUGGCAAAGUUGGAAAAAAUAGAAUCAAACAAAAGUAUUCUGAUUUUUAGUAAAAUACAACCAUAAAUAUGAUAAAAUAUGUCAUUUUCUAUAUUGAAUUGAAAAUUCUUACACAUGUAUUACCUACUACUCUCAAAAUUUGCACCUUUUAUUAAAGAUCUAGACCGAUUGUUUUCUGGUAUUUGAAAAUCCAAGAUGGAGGAAGACACCCUAUCUACCUUAAUACACAAAAUAAUCAAUAAAAAUUUCUCAGUUAAACUCUGGUAAAUCUGAAGUAUAGUCAACUAAAUCAUCUAGCUGUUUCAUUAAAGCAAUUUCAUUUUCAACAAUUCAGAAAUGUUUUUGAUGUUUCUGUAUCAAUCUAAAAAGCCAAAUGUUGCCUACUAACCAGGUUUCAAAUGAUGACAAUUUGAUUGGCUCAGAAUAGAAAUAAAACAGAAAUUGAAGAUGUUUUACAUAGUCACCAUAAUUAAUAAGCAUUUUAUUGAAUCAUCAUGUAGUUUGCCUUACCUUUUCAUUAUGGAUCUUUUUUUACAGAUUUUCAAACAAAAAACACCAUGAAAUGUGCAAUGAGUCAGUGACAGCUUGUUCAUGUAAGAAAAUUUGUUAACAUAUUUAUGGUUUCAAGUUUGAUAAUUAUGUAGAAUUUUUUAAAACAGUUGCUUUGUUAAGUAGCUUUUAUUUAUUUAUUAAUUUAUAGGUUGAGACUUUGUAAUAUAUUUUGUAUGUUUUUUUGUGUGUGUUUAUUUGCUGUGCAUGUACUGAUUUUGUGUCAUGGAUGGAUACCCCAUAUCCUUUGUUUUUCUAUCAUUUGGUUCCUGUGGAACAUCUAAUUGUAUUUUGGGUAUAUAGGUAUUUCUAAUUGCUCACAUUGCAAUAUAUAUUGUUUUUGCGAUAAUAUAGAAAUUUGAAAUUUCUGUCAAUAUCUAUUUCAAGCUUUUUUUGUCAUCAGAUGUUUAGUCAGGUGUUUUUCUUACAAAUAAAUUCAUCAAACUUUAAACUGACAUAUAAGGUAACAAGGUUUACUCAUAUAAAAUUUUGAUAAGUUAAACAUGUUUUUUUUUUUUAAGAUAGAUUUUAUUAAAUUACCUAUCUGACAUGUAGAAGUUUAAGGGUUAUCAUUAAGAUCAAAACUACCACAUUUUCUGCUUUGUAACUGUUCACAAAGAAUUCAAGAAUUAUGAGAAAAAUAAAUCUGUUUUAUGACAUUAUUUGCAGCAAUCAGCAACAUUUUUGAGCUAGCACUGUACAUUCAAUUUGCCAUGACUUUCGAUGUAGUACAGACUGAAAAAAAAAACACUACAAUAGGUCCUUCUGACCUCAAGUCUAAGGGAAAUUUUUAAAAAUUACCAGAUUUUCAAUUGCUUAUUGAAAAAAAAUUAAAUGUAGUAACAAAAAUAGCCAUGAAAGAAAUUCUUAGCCCUGGUUAAGUCAAGAUCUGGAGAUUUCAUGAUUUAUAAAGAUCAACUUUGAUACCUACAUCCCUCAAUUAUUAAAGUCAUAAGUUGUGUGAUCUAAAAUCUAAACAAAGAAAGAAAUAAGAAGCAUCAGAUACAAGAAAUAAGACAUUCUACGGGUAAAUGUUGUCAAUUGUGGUUCCAAUUAGUCUGUGUACUCAGAGGAGUAAAAGCUCUAAAAAGUUCAUGUAUGCCAUGUGAUGUCCAGAUUGGCAAACAAAUGUUAACAUUGAAACUUUUGUGAAGAUUUGUUUAGCCCUGGACAUCAUAUGGCAUUAAUAAGCUUUUAAGAGCAGUCACUCCUCAGAAACCACAAGACUAAUUGGAACCACUUUUGGCAACAAUCAUUUGCACAACUGUCAUUCACUUAGAUUUAUAUAUAAAUUUAGGAUGGUUGUACUAUGCAUCUAUCCCUGUUAUAUUUGGCUUUACUCAUGUGCGCUACUCUAAAUCAGAUAUUCUGUAGAGUUAUAACAGAAGUAAACGUUUGGUGGUUAUAUCUAGGAAAAUUUUACAUUGUAUAUUUGUACAAGAAAUUCCUGGAAUUGAAUGUCACAACUGGUCAAAAUCUCUGUAUAAAAAUAUUUUCAAGCAUGGCUGUACAUCUUAUUGUACUGUUCAAUGUAUUUUUAUAGAAUUUUAUUUAUUUCAUAUUUGUCUCGUGCAUUUAAAGUAAGAUCUUCAGAAAAUCAUUAUGCAAAGAUUCCUGUCCAUAAAAUAUUUUGAAACAACUUGUUUUGUUAUGCUGUUUUAAAUUUGUAUUUUUUUACCUUACCUCCAUACAGAUAGGGCAAGUAACCAUAUUCUGUGUUUUAUUUGUAUGCAUUUGUUUAUGUUUUGUUGUGUUUAUUUUGAGGAGGGCAAUAAAUGAUAGAUAUUUUCAUAUUCAACCAUCUUAGUAACUAAAUGAAAAAAGUUUUUUUAACACAAUCAUGAGAAUAAUCACCUGAUUUGUAGACCUUUGGAGUUGAUUGAAAUUUUUUUUUUUUUUACUUACUAAACACCAAUUGUCAGUGAUAUCUAUGAGAGGUGUCUUUUUGGAGGAUAAGGUCAGGUUUAUAUGGAUUUGUUUUGUAUUCUUCAAAUUUAUUUCAUUUUCUUGUUAUAAAUUUUCAUGGUUCCAUGAAUUUCAGCUAUUUUAAGGAUUUCCUUUUAAAGAUUUAUCAUUAUUAUACGACCGCAAAAAAAUUUUUGCGGUCGUAUAUUGGUAUGACAUUGGCUUCGUUGUCGUCAGUUGUCGUCGUCCGAAGACACAUUGGUCUUCGCACUCAAACUUUAGUUUAAGUGAAUGGAUCUCUAUGAAAUUUUACCAUAAGGUUCAAUACCACAAAAGGAAGACAGGGAUUGAUUUUCGGGGUUAUGGUACCAACAGUUAAGGAAUAAGGGGCCAAAAAUAAGCAUUUUUGUAACUUCCAGACAUAACUUGUGUGUUAGUGUAUGGAUCUCUCUGACAUUGUACCACAAGGUUCCAUUUUACAAAGGAAAUGCUUGGAUUGAUUUUGGGGGUAAUUGUCUCAAAAUUUUAGGAAUUAGGGGCCAAAAAAGGGGCAAAAAACAAGCAUUUUUCUAGUUUCAUGACAAUAACUUGUGUGUAAGUCUAUGGAUCUUUCUGAAAUUGUACUACAAGGUUCCAUUUCACAAAGGGAAAGCUGGAAUUGAGUUUAGGGGUAAUUGCCCGAAACGUUUAGGAAUAAGGGGCCAAAAAUAAGCAUUUUUCUAGUUUCCAGACAAUAACUUGUGUUCAAGUGUAUGGAUCUCUCUGAAAUUGGAAUGCAAGGUUCCAUAUCACAAAGGAAAAGCUUGGAUUGAUUUUGGGGGUAAUUGCCUCAUAAUUUUAGGAAUUAGGGGCAAAAAACAAGCAUUUUUCUAGUUUCAUGACAAUAACUUGUGUGUAAGUGUAUGGAUCUUUCUGAAAUUGUACUACAAGGUUCCAUAUCACAAAGGGAAGGCUGGGAUUGAUUUUGGGGGUAAUUCCCUCUAAAUUUUAGGAAUUAGGGGCCAAAAAGAGACAAAAAACAAGCAUUUUUCUAGUUUCCAGACAAUAACUUGUGUUCAAGUGUAUGGAUCUCUCUGAAAUUGUUCUGCAAGGUACCAUACCACAAAGGGAAGGCUGGGAUUGAGUUUGGGGGUGAUGAAUCAUUAGGGGUUCAAAAAAUUACGGGGGGGGGACUUUUUUUCCUUUUUUUUUCUUUUAAAUUUUCCAUUUUAAAUUGGUUAUUUCUGAUUUAUAUAUAAAAGCAAAUAAUAAUGAUAUGGUUUGAAUAGGUAAAUUAAAAUUUUUUAAGUUCUUAGACCACAUUCAUUCUGUGUCAGAAACCUAUGCUGUGUCAAAUACUUAAUCACAAUCCAAAUUCAGUGCUGUAUCAAGCUUGAAUGUUGUGUCCAUACUUGCCCCAACUGUUCAGGGUUCGACCUUUGCGGUCGUAUCAAGAUGCGCCCAGCGGAGCAUUAUAUUGCUAUAAUGGAACAGUGACUUAAAAAUUCAGUUUCUAGUUGAAUCUCUUUAUUCCUCUGUUUCUUAUCAUCUCAAUAUUGUGAAAAUUAAUUAUCAUAAGUUUUUUCUAGAUAUUUUUAAAUGUUUUUAAUGUGCUUUUCUUAAAUUGAUUAUUUAGGUUGAAAUAAAAUAUGUUAUCUUA